CAUAUUAAAUAGAGUUUCGUAUAUAAAAAGCUUUGAGUUAAACGUCAAGUCUAUAUCACAACAACACUACAACACAAACACAUAUACACAGCAAGUAUUAACACAUUUGACUCGUCAUUGCAUUCAAUGAAUGAGUAGUCAAUUGAUUGCAAAUUAUUAACUAAAGUGUCGUUUGAAGUGAAGAGAGUGUGUGUUGUGUUUGAAUUGAAAAAGUCUGAGAGAGUCUGUGUUUAUUAGACAACAGGCAGAAAAAAAUGGCAGAAACUGGUGAUCAUUCAACGGUUCCGCCCCCAAGACAUCGUCAAACAAGAGACCUAUUCGACUCCGACGGCGACGAUGACAGCGAUACCAAUGAAGAUCUAUUCGUGUCGACCGUUGAGAGUCAUCCAGUGGUGGAUUCAAAUGAGACCAAAUUGGAGCCCAAGAACAACAUUAUCGACAACAACACAACGUUUGAUAAUCCGAUCGGCGAUUUGAUUGUCAGCCAUGAGAUCAAUUUGGAUGACGACGACGACAGCAACUAUGAACGCAACAGUACAUCCAAUGCGGCAAAUAAUAGUUCAAAGCAAGUGAUGAACGGCAUUGACGGUAUCGGCGGUCGCAAAGUUGUCACCAAUGACCUGUUGGACAAAUCGUCGACAUUACCAAUUGAUUCGACGAAAGCAAUUUUGUCGACCACUUCAUCCAUUACCUCGAGUGCAAUCGAUUCACGCAAACCAAAUCAGGACUCAUCGAUAUCGUCGUCGUCGGUCACAAACAAAAUCAGUUCCAAUGAACGACACAUUAAUGUAACGGUUGGUGAACCGCAACGCAUUGGCGAAGGCAUGUCAUCGUAUGUUGUCUACAAAGUGGAAACAAAAACUGAUUAUCCGUACUUCAGAAGAUCUCAUUUUUCUGUGAAUCGCCGGUUCAGUGACUUUUUGGGUCUUCACGACAAACUGUCGGAAAAACACUUACAUUUGGGUCGUAUUAUUCCGCCGACGCCCGAAAAGAAUGCCGUCGGUAUGGCUAAAGUGAAGAUGUCGUCCAAAGAGGAAAGUCUAUCGUCGUCGCAGUUUGUCGAACGUCGAAGAGCCGCACUCGAGCGCUAUCUUAACCGAAACGCAUUACAUCCGACACUGUGUGCCGAUCCAGACUUUCGCGAGUUUCUCGAAUUAGAUACCGAUUUGCCGAAAGCGACCAAUACGUCGGCAUUGAGCGGAGCCGGCGUCAAACGGUUGCUCAGCCGUGUCGGCGACACUGUUAACAAAAUGACAUUCCGUAUGGAUGAAUCUGAUCCGUGGUUUGAAGAAAAACAGAACCAAAUUGAAAAUCUUGACCAACAGUUAAGAAAACUAUACACAAGUGUCGAAGCGCUUAUACAUCAUCGCAAAGAACUGACACAGACUACCGGUGCGUUUGCCAGAAGUGCUGCAAUGCUUGGCAAUUGCGAAGAACAUACAUCACUAUCGUGUGCAUUGUCACAGUUGGCCGAAACUCAAGAAAAAGUUGAACAGUUGUACAACAAACAAGUGGACAACGAUUUUGUCUAUUUGGGUGAACUACUCAAAGACUACAUAGCAAUGAUCGGUGCCGUCAAAGACGCCUUUCAUCAGAGAGUCAAAGUGUUUCAGAUGUGGCAACACUCGCAACAAAUGUUGACCAAAAAACGGGAGAUAAAGGCUAAGCUCGAGUUGGCCCUCAAGACAGACAAGUUAUCGCAGGCAAAUGAUGAAGUGCUUGAGUGGGAAUCAAAGGUCAGCAGAGGUCAAGAAGAAUUUGAGAGCAUCUCGAAGACUAUACGCCUGGAGGUCGAGCGCUUUGAGGUGUCGCGGAUCAGGGAUUUCAAAGAUAGUAUCAUUAAAUACAUGGAGUCUCUACUUGAUAGCCAACAACAACUUAUUAAAUACUGGGAGGCAUUCCUACCCGAGGCCAAGGCUAUCGCUUGAUUGCCAAUUGAUAUGAUUUUUUAAUUAUUAAAAAAAGAUGUUUUAUUAUUGAUAUUAUUAAUUAUUAUUAUUAUUAAUAUAUAUUUAUUAUUAUUAUUAGUUUUUCCAGAUAUUAUAUUAUAUU